AUGCCAAACACUACAGGUAUUGCUGUUGGAUGCGCCGUUGGCAUUCCAUCGGGUAUUGCGAUAUGCGUUGCGCUAUUCUUCUUUAGAAAGACAAGAAAAAGAUUUGCCAGGGAGGAUGUUGAGUUCCAAAAAGAUACAGAGAUGAGAGAUAUCGAUCAGGAUCUAUCGUAUGAUAACUUGGAUCAACUACGGAUUCAUAGCCGUCGCAGUGCAGGCCACGAACAUACAACCAGUACGGAAGAUUCUGAUCAGGAGAGACAUGAAAAGGCACAGGACGACAACUACAGCGAUAACAACGAGAACGGCACGUCUACUCGUAACUUGAGUAACAGCAAUAUCAAUAAUAAUGACAACAACAAGAGAAAAACAAGGUAUGUUCCUGCCUACAGGAAACAAAUGAAAUCGCAGAUCAAUAGCGUAUCAACUUCAAGAAACUCUUCGUAUUCGAACUUGCCUAACGGUGGUACUGCCACGGCGUCAAACGCUUCUAUAACUACGAACUCGACGGAGAACUUCUACUCUAACGUCCCUGUGGUUGACGGUGACAAUAAGGAUAACUCGUGUCGAAACAGUAUGGAAUUGGCCAAGUCGUUACAAAUACCCACCCCUUCAUAUUCAAAGAGACCUUCGAUGAACCGUUCGUCAUCGGCUUCAACGAUGCAGUAUACAGAUGACGAAUACGACUUGAAGAACAACUAUGACCUUGCAAACGAAGGUGAAAUCCAAGAGGAGGAUCAAUAUGAAAACGAAUUCACAAAUUACAGUGAAAACAAGAGGGCAUUCAUAGAAGGAUUAAGACCAAAAUUGGAACAACAGCAAGGACAACAGCAAGGACAACAGCAAGGACAACAUCAAUGA